AUGCCUAUCAAGGAUGCUAUCAAAGCAUGGGAGGAGAAACACCAGAAACCAGCAGCGGAAGCAACUGUAGUGAAAAUGAUGAUGUGUCAACCCUUCUUGGUAAAACUGGAUAAUUCCUUGGGCACCUUGUUAAAAGUCGAACAUCUCGCACUUUCGACCAACCAGAUUGAAAAAAUUAGCAAUUUGCAUGGUCUUUCAUAUCUCCGCGUUCUCUCGCUCGGACGCAACAAUAUAAAAAAGAUUGAAGGACUGGAUGCAGUGGCAGAUACUUUGGAAGAACUUUGGGUUUCCUACAAUCAAAUCGAAAAACUCAAUGGUGUAGAAGUAUGCAAAAAACUCAAGAUUCUGUAUGCCAGCAACAACAAAAUCAAGGCUUGGGAUGGUUUAUCUCCAGCACAAUCUUUGCCAGCUUUAGAGGAUAUGCUGUUGUAUGGCAAUCCACUGGAAGAAAAGUAUACAUUGGAGGGAACAUGGGUUACUGAGAUUACUAAAAGGUUUCCUGUUUUACGCAAAAUAGAUGCGAAACCUAUUAUUCGUGAAGAUGCUGGUGGUGAUGAAGAAGAAAAACAAGAUUGA